AACCUGGAAUCAACAACAGACAAUUCACAGGCGAACAUCAGCGCAAAGGAGGGAAACCCUUCUGCGAGAACUGGCAUCAGCAUGAUGCAAACUUUAUUCACCAUCCUGUCCGGGUUGGCUAUCAUUCUUUUAUUACUUUACAGGAAAUUCCCCUACUUUGUGCAGGAUGUAAUGCACGCUCGUUUAAAUAUUUGGAUCAGUGGACAAAGAGCGAAGUUCCUGCAGACCACGCCGUACUUCACCGUGCUUGAUCGGUUCCUGGAGCUGGCCAAGACGCAGCCAGCAAAGCCCUUCAUUAUAUUCGAGGACGAGUUGUUCACCUACGGAGAUGGGGACCUUCAGAGCAACAAGGUGGCCCGGGCUUUGAGGCAGCAUGCCGGGCUCAGAGAAGGGGACACCGUUGCGCUGUUCCUCGGGAACCAGCCGCUCUUUGUUUGGCUGUUGCUCGGACUUGCGAAACUGGGCUGCGCGCCUGCCCUGAUGAACUACGGCAUCAGAGCCAGCCCUCUGCUGCAGUGCCUCUCCUGCACCAGCGCCAAAGUCCUCAUCGCCGACGCAGGUGUGCGGGGGGCCGUGGAGGAGGUGCUGCCCAGCUUGCGGCAGAAGGGCAUCCGAGUGUUCAUCCUGGGGGAGGCCUGUGGCUCCGAGGGCCUGGAGGCUCUCAGUGAUAAGAUCCAGCAGGCCUCGGACCAGCCUCUGUCCCCCCAGCUCAGGGCUCAGGUGAAGGCCACAAGCCCCACCGCAUACUUCUAUACCUCUGGCACGACAGGUCUGCCCAAAGCCACGGUGAGCACGGAGGCCAAGGCCUGGGCGGCGGCCUUCCUCCUGACCCACGCCCACGUGGGCGCCCAGGACCGUCUUUACCUCACACUGCCUCUGUACCACAUGUCAGGGCUGCACGCCGGGCUGCACGGCGCCAUAGAGAGAGGCAUCACGGUGGUCCUGAAGAGGAAGUUCUCGGCCUCCCAGUUCUGGGCGGACUGCAGGCGGCACAACGUGACGGUGAUCCUCUACAUCGGGGAGAUCCUCCGCUACCUCUGCAACACGCCCGCGGGGGCAGACGACCGGCGCCACAGGGUCCGAGUCGUCGUGGGGAACGGCCUGCGCGCCGACGUGUGGAGGCUCUUCCUGCAACGCUUUGGGAAGAUCAGGAUCACGGAGUUCUACGGGUCGAGCGACGGGAAUACGGCACUGAUGAACUACCCCGGACGAGUCGGCGCCGUUGGGAAGGUCAACUUCUACCACCGGAGGGUCUCUCCCUACGUGCUCGUUAAGUUCGACCCGGAGAGGGAGGAGCUGGUCAGAGACGCAUACGGCCUGUGUGUCCAGGUUCCAACCGGGGAGACCGGACUGUUCCUGUCUAAGAUCACGGCCAGGAAUCCCUUCGGGGGGUACCUAAACAACCCCGGGCAGACGGAGAGGAAGAAGGUGCGGGACGUGGUGGAGAAGGGGGACUUGUUCCUGAACAGCGGAGACCUGAUGAAGAUCGAUGAGGACGGCUUCGUCUUUUUCCAGGACCGCGUCGGGGACACCUUCAGGUGGAAAGGAGAGAACGUGGCCACCACAGAGGUGGCUUCCAUCCUGACCAUGAUGGACUCUGUUUUGGAUUCGAAUGUGUACGGAGUCCAGCUGCCAGGACACGAAGGCAGGGCUGGGAUGGCCACGCUGACCUUGAAAGAGGGGAAGACCCUGGACUGCAGAGAGACCUUCGCUCACAUCAGCCACUCUCUGCCUCAGUUCGCUUGGCCGCAGUUUAUCAGGAUCCAGAAUGACCCUGAACUCACCGGCACGUUCAAACAGGUCAAAUUCAGGCUAGUGAAGGAAGGCUUUGAUCCGAGCACCAUCCGGGACCCGCUGUUCAUCGUGGACCCCGGCAGGAAGACGUACAGCCCCCUCACACAGGACUCUUACGACUCCAUCUGCUCUGGGAAAGUCAAACUGUAAUUUGAAAGAGGUCAGAUUGUAAAUGGAGGGAAAUCCUCGGCCACACUUAUCAUUCCACCGACUAGCUUGAAGUCUUAAUACUGCUCGGACAGAAUGUUUCUGCCCGUUAUCGUUAUCUAUCACUAGCUGAGCAUUAUCAACAGGGGAGCCUCUGACCGACUUUACCAUCAUCCCCUUGAUAUCAUACCUGGAGAGGUGUGUGUGUGUGUGUGUGUGUGUGUGUGUGUGUGUGUGUGUGUGUGUGUGUGUGUGUGUGUGUGUGUGUGUGUGUGUGUGUGUGUGUGUGUGUGUGUGUGUGUGUGUGGUCCACACAGCUGUGAGGUCAUCGUUGACCGACAGCCACAUCGCCUGCAACAUGACACAUUUGGGCCGGUUAACAUCUGUGGUUAAAUGUGACGUACGAUUGAUACAAGUUGCAUUGAAAAGACUGACUGUCAACGACAUCAAUGAUUGACCAAUAUUAUCAAGGCCCAUUUCACAACCUCUUUCUGCCUAAUGAUUGACACUGAUAAACGCAGAGCAAUGAAGAAACGUAUUUCUCCCUUCUCAACACUGUGAUGUUUGAGAAGUGAAGUUUGUGAAGUUUUUUUUGUUAUCAAAUACACACUACUACACACACAGAAAGAAAAGAUGCACAAGAACAUUAUUAUUCGUUCUUAGGUAUUCAUCCAAUUUAUUUCACUGGCACUUAAAAUAAGUUCAUGUUGGCUUCCAAGACAAAGACCGUCAUGUAAUGUUUUCAGAACAAUAAAGAGAUUAACAAAAUCA